AUGCCACUGUCAGACUUCCUAGCUGGUUUGAAGGACAACCCGUACUUCGGGGCAGGGUUUGGACUGGUGGGAGUCGGCGCAGGUCUGGCUGUACUCAGGAAGGGGUCCCAGUUUGGAAUGGUGGCAUUCAGACGACACUGUAUGAUCACUCUGGAAAUUCCCAGCAAGGACAAGAGCUACCAUUGGCUGCUUCAGCGGAUUACCCAGAAUGCCCAGAGAACACAGCACCUGAGUGUAGAUACGACAUUCCAGCAGCACGACAGUGGGAAAAUCAGUACCAGAUUCGACUUCGUGCCCAGCCCUGGUACACACUUCUUCUGGUAUAAGAACAACUGGAUCAGAAUAGAGAGAACGAGAGAGAAGCAGAUGGUUGACCUGCACCACGGCACACCCUGGGAGACUGUCCAGCUCACGGCACUCGGCAGGAACCGCGAAAUGUUCUUCGAGAUUUUAAAUGAAGCGAGAGAACUAGCCUUACAGAGAACAGAGGGUAAAACAGUGAUGUACACAGCCAUGGGUCCUGAGUGGAGACAGUUUGGUUACCCCAGGAAGAGACGACCUCUCAGCUCAGUCAUCCUGCACGAGGGCCAGGCAGACAGGAUCCUACAGGACGUUAAGGAGUUCAUCAGUAACCCCAAGUGGUACACUGACAGGGGUAUUCCAUACAGAAGAGGUUACUUACUGUACGGCCCUCCAGGCUGUGGAAAAAGCAGCUUUAUCACAGCCCUGGCCGGUGAGCUUCAGUACAGCAUCUGUCUGAUGAACCUGAGUGAACGUGGUUUGUCUGAUGACAGACUGAACCACCUCCUGAGUGUGGCUCCUCAGCAGAGUAUCAUACUACUGGAGGACAUAGACGCAGCCUUCGUCAGCAGAGAACUCACACCACAAGAGAAGGCGGCGUACCAAGGCAUGGGGAGACUGACCUUCAGUGGCCUACUGAACGCCUUGGACGGAGUGGCUUCAACAGAGGCCAGGAUUGUGUUCAUGACCACCAACUUUAUUGACAGGUUGGACCCAGCUCUCAUCAGACCAGGUCGUGUGGAUAUGAAGGAGUACAUCGGCCACGCCAGCGAACACCAGCUCAGGGAAAUGUUCCGCAGGUUCUAUCCUGACCAACCACAGGCAAGGUCACAGGAGUUUGCCAGCAAGGUCGCUGCACAUGGAAAGGACAUAAGUAUAGCACUGGUCCAAGGUUUCUUCAUGCUCAAUAAGUCAGAUCCUGAUGCUGUUAUAGAAAAUAUAGACAAGAUGUGGACAUAGAAGUGAACAGAAUUUUAUUUCUAUAGGUUGCUCAUCAUAAUGUUCACAAUUACCUGCAAGCAAAAUGUCGAAGUUGAAUUUUGCUCAGGCAAGUUGCUGAGUCUCCAAGAUAAAGGAAACAAGGCUUUUUUACUGCUACAAAAUUGGAACAAUUUGUUUAUAGAUCUAUUAUCAGUACAUGUG